AUGCCCAAUUGCAAUAUAAUCGGAUGUGGCAUCAAAAGAAGCAGAAAUCACCCGAACGUAACAUUACACCAGUUGCCUGCUAAUAAAGGAAAAAAGAAAAUUUGGCUGGAAACAAUUGGUAUUGAAAAUUUAAAGAUGUCAACGAAAACAAUCCAUAUUUGUUCUCUUCACUUUCAAGAAUCAUGUUUCAACCGGACACUGAAUAAAGUAACAUUGCGUGAUGAUGCUUUACCUUCACGAACCUUAUUGCCUGCGAUUCAAUCAAAUAUGUCUGAAAAUGAUCAAAAUCAAACAAACACACAAUCAAUAUCUGGAUGUGGUGCUCCUAUUAUGGUGGAUCCUUUUUGUGUGGCUACCAUUCAAAAUCAAUCUGGAGAGGUUACGAAAAGGAGUAGCAUAGAUUUAGUCACUAGCAUAUCCACUGCAUCAGAUUUGGCUGCUAGCACCUCCUCUGAGUCAGAUUUAGCUGAUAGCACCUCCGCUGUGCCAGAUUUAGCUGCUAGCGCCUCCGCUACGCCAGAUUUAUCGGCAGACUCAAUUGAAACAAUAAAGAUGUUAAAGGACAAAUGUCAAAACCAGUCCAUGACUAUAAAGAGACUCAAUGAGGAAGUUAGAAGACAGAAGAAAAAAAUUGCUCAUUUAAGUAACAUUAUCAAGAUAUUACUUAAAUGA